GUAAAUGACACAAGCGCAUUGCGGCUUUGGUUGUCUUGCAUUAUAGUGUCUUGAAAUGGGAAACAGCAAAAGCUGCGCCCUCUCCAAGGGGCUCCUUGAAGACCUCAAACUCAACACCAGGUAUAGUGAAGAAGAGCUCAGUGCUUGGUACCUGUCUUUCCAGAAGGAAUGCCCAAGUGGGAGAAUCACCAUUGAGCAGUUUCAGGACAUCUAUGCAAGAUUCUUCCCAGAUGCAGACCCCAAAGCUUAUGCACAACAUGUCUUCAGAAGCUUUGAUUCCAACAGUGAUGGCACUUUGGACUUUAAAGAAUACAUCAUUGCUUUGCAUCUAACCUCCACUGGGAAAACUGUUCAGAAAUUCGAGUGGGCAUUUUCUCUCUAUGACGUUGAUGGCAAUGGGACCAUCAGCAAGGCUGAAGUCCUGGAAAUCGUUAUGGCCAUAUUUAAAAUGAUAAACGCAGAUGACCAAGAAGAUCUUCCAGAAGAUGAGAAUACACCAGAAAAGAGGACUGAUAAAAUCUGGAAUUACUUUGGCAAGAAGGAAAAUGAUAAACUAACAGAAGGAGAAUUUAUCCAGGGAAUCACAGAGAACAAAGAGAUCCUCAGAUUGAUACAGUAUGAACCCCAAAAAGUCCAAGACAGAAUAAAGGAAAAGAAACAGUAGCAGAAGACCAACAUUUUUCAAACUAAAGACUGUUGUGAGCAGUACUGUUUACAACUAACACCCACACCAAAAAUGCAAAAUACAGUUACCAUUUCAGCCAUGUUGUAAACAGCUCCUUACCGUGUCUGUAAUUAGGCUCUUGUUAAUAAUCCUUGGGUUACAAUUACAUCUUCUUAAAUCCUGAAGGUCAAGUUAAUGAAAUCCCUUCUCUGAGCUGUAGGAUGGUAGCAUUAAUGUUGUGCUUGUAAAUGUUUUAAUGAGGUUAUCACUCUUUAUUUGAGACUUGUUACUUAAUAAAUCAACCUGCCUUUGUUAUGAAAUAAAGUCCUGUGUCAUGAAA